AUGGCAUGGGCCGCCGUGGCACUGCCUCUGCGCCUGCCUUCGUUGCCCUUUCAGCAUCCCUUGCAAGGCCAGCUUAGGCGCAAGGGGGCGUCCAGCGGUCCAGCCGAGUCCACAGGCAAGUGGCCAACUGAGGCGCAGAGACCGGUGGUGGCGGAGGCACGAGGCGCCCUGACGGUUACUCGUGGAGGAACCAGAGCGCUGGCAGCCUUGCGGGGCCUCACCCCUGUCUGGGCAGGAGCGGAGGGCCUUGGUGCCACCAGCCUCAGACAUUCGAGGCAUAUAAAGCAGAAAUACAAAGAUGUCAUACCAUCAGAGAGUCAAUCAGAUGAAGUAAUAGUCAAACAACCACUGAAACAAGGAAGCUUUUCUCUACUUGGGAAAUCAGAGAAAACAGAAGAUUAUCUUGAAGAAAGUAUUGUUCAACAACAUGUAGUUAUUUCAGAACCAGCACCUCUUAAACAGAAAAGGAAGUCUGGGGAAAAACAGGAGCAACACGCUCCUUCUCAUCUAAGAGUUAGGAAACACAGGCUUCUAUCGUAUGACAGAACAGAACCGCAAGAUGAUAAUGUAAUAAAUCAUAUUAUUAGACUAAGAGACAAACUUGAUUGGAAAACUUCAUUAUUGCCACAUGAUUUGAAAUGUAAAGCACCUAAACCUGCCUUUCCAAAGCAUACUCUAAAGAAACCUUUGAAAGAUGAUGGUGAAUAUGUAUAUGCUAUUCCUCGGUAUAAUAUCCAUGGCUUUUUCAAUGAGUAUGAUCUUCAGGUAGUCUCUGCCUAUACAGCUAAAAACUGCAAAGAAUUUUGGAUUAUUACUGCUUCGUUUGUCUCAAAGGUUAUUAAGACAGGUGGUGAUACAGAAGAGCUGGAUCUCAUACCUACUACACAAUGGCUGUUAGAAAGACAACAAUACUAUUUAUUACAGAAAUUUAAGAUAUUUUACAAUUUCCGAAUUAACAAAGCCUUUGUUACCUGGAAACUGAAUGUUAGAAGAAUUAAAACCGAGAAAAGCAGGUCAUUUUUGUACAGCCGUCUUUUCAUGGCUGACGAGCUGUUUCAAGCAUGUUUGCUUUAUAUCAAAAGCCUCUGUGAAGACGCACUUAGCUGCAAAGUUGGUGACAAGGACCAUGCACGCGCUGUAUCUCUUGUAAAGCUGGAUAGUUCUCGAACAUACACUCUAGAUGAAUUUUGUGAAGAACAGUUACAGCAAGCCUCGCAGGCACUGAGACAACUUGAGGAUAUCAGAACUGAAGCAAUCUCAAAGAUAAAAAGUACAAUCUUAAAGGUUGCAGAAAAGAAAGAUGUUAAAGAAUAUUUUGAGUCAAAACCAUCUAAGAUUGACACAACACAUUUCAAACUGCCUCAAUAUCGGUGUUUAUUAGAAACCAAUUCGAAGUUUCUGAAGCUAGUUGACUACAUAUUUCAAGAACUCAUCCGUCAACUUAUGAACUCUGCAAUCACUCUACUUCUGGAAUUAUUCAUUGGUUCUGCUAGAAUGCCAAUUUCAGUGGAAAAAAGGAAUGAAAAUAUCCUCAAAACAUUGAAGAAUACCCUUUUUAAAAAUGAAGUAAUGGCAAAUUAUCUUGAAGAAUUCUUUGACUCAAACUUAUAUAUUCUUGCUGCUGAAAAGUCAGAACUAAAGCCAGACACUGCUGUUAAUGAGAUUUUAAAUAGUGGUAAAGUGGAGAUGGAUUUGAGAAAAACCUAUGCACCAGUAUUUGAAGUCAACCUUUGCUUGAGAAUUUCUGCAGCGAUUAACUCUCUGGAGCCUUUGGAAGAGGAUGCGCAAAAGUGUGACAACGCAGAAGAGCCUGUGACACAUGACGAAGAGGAAAUGUCAGAACUUAAAGGCAGUUGUAUCAAGCAUUCUUCAAGCGAGGAUCUCCUAGAAUCUAAUAAAUCAGGCACAUUAGGUUGUAACCUCAAAAAUAUUCCUUCAGACAUAGAAACUAUGUCCGAGGAUGAGAAUAAGCAUGCUGAGGAUGAAAGUUCACACUUCCGUGCAAACCUGUUUAUAGAUCCCAACAGACUGGACUUCUCAACAAAAUUUCAAAAUAUGGUAGCUCAAAUAGAAAGUUAUAUAACCACAAUUACUCCUCUUCACCAAGAUCCUCGCCUGUCUGCUUUUCUUGAUUUGGUUUCAGCUGUGGAUUUACCUAAUGAGACACGAAGUGUAAUAAAAUAUAAGAAGAAGACGCAAUGGCCAGACUAUCAUAUCCUUUUUGAAAUGGAUUCUGACUACCAGAACAAGAUUGUGAGUCUCCUGACUAUCAUUGGCAAUUCAAUGAGCAUCACUAAUGUUUACAGCUGCAAGUUUCUGAAGUAUUGUAGCAUGAUAGAGCAGGCCCAAGUUACAAGUAUGAAAAUACCAUCUAUUGAAGACUUGACCUCAAGAGAGUUUAAAAAUAUACUUCACAAAUUCAGAAACUACUUUAAACAUAUUGUAACUAUGCCUAUUGAGAAGCGCAUUGGUAUCUUCACUGUUUUAAGUUUAGACUACCAAUUAAAGUGCUUACCAUAUGUUAACAACAUUAUACAAAUGAGCCACAGCCUAGUACGAUCUGAAGUUGUGGAAAAAAGUGCUAAUCUUUUGGAAGCUAUAGAAUCAUCCCUGCAACAAGUGGAAUGUGAUCUCGUGAAAAUAGAAGAAUUUGUGAACUACUUUAAUUUUAUGGAUACCGUUUCGUCAAAAAUAACUAAAUUAGAUAAAGAAUACUCAACAAUCUCACACCUACAUUCUAUUGUAAGGAACUUCCAAAUUGAUAUUUCAGAAGAGCAAAUAGCCAUACAUAAACUCAUUUUGAUGAAGUUUAGUCAACUAAAAGCAUCUGUAAAGUUAAAUCUGAAAAACAAACAAGCAACUUUAAACAGAUUCAGGGAUAAUUUGGAAACAUUUGUCACUGGUCUGCGAGUGGAUGUUAGUAAUUUAAAAUUUAAAAUAAGAACUCCUAUUCUGUUAUCUGCCAGCACUGGAGUGUCCAGAGCCAAGGAAAUGAUCCGCUCUCUCUCAGAGGAAGCUGCAAGUCUGGCCAACAAAGCCAAAACAUAUUCAAACUAUCAGGACCAAUUUGACGACUCCCAGUCUCACAUGCAUUCCAUUAAUAUGGAAGAAAUUACUCAGCUCUUGCUUUCAGAGAUCUCGGACAUUGACUGUGACUUGAUGUUGAGAAAGCUAUUAUGGGAAGUCCAAGAGGAGUGGGGAAGUCUCUUCUGGGAAUGGAGGAGUUGCUCUCUCCAAAGUAUCGAUGUAGACUUAGUGCAGAGAAAUGUUUCCAAGUGGCUGCACAUGAUCAUUGUGCUAGAAAAAGGUUUACCAAAAAACGACAUGGUUACAAACCUUAAGCACUUGGUGACAGAUUUUAAACAAGAACUGCCGAUCAUCAGUGCGCUGGGAAACCCCUGCCUCAGGCCACGGCACUGGGAGGCCCUCCAGGAGAUCAUUGGAAAGUCGAUGUUCCUUGAUAAAAACCUCUCAGUAGAAAGUCUUCUAGCUCUCAAGAUGUUUCAGUAUGAAAAUGCAAUAAAUGAAAUCUCAACCUCAGCUACAAAUGAAGCAGCUCUUGAAAAAAUGCUAUUUAAGAUUAUUGAUCUCUGGAACACGACUCCUUUGCAUUUAGUUUUUCAUCACACGGAUUUCCACUCUAUCCUAAUAAUUGCAUCUGUAGAUGAUAUUAUAACUCAGUUAGAAGACUCUCAAGUCAUUCUUGCAACAAUUAAAGGGUCUUCCUAUAUUGGACCAAUUAGGGACCUUGUGAAUGAGUGGGAUCAAAAUUUACGUAUCUUCUCUCAAACCCUUGAAGAAUGGAUUCUUUGUCAAAGAAACUGGCUUUAUCUCGAGCCAAUCUUUUAUUGUAUAGAAAUAAAAAGGCAGCUUCCAUCAGAAUCAAAACUUUUCUCCCAGGUGAUCAGUAUGUGGAAAGAAAUAAUGUCAAGAGUACAAAACAAGCUGGAUGUGUUACCUAUAACCAUCUCUUCAGGAGUCAUUGAAACUCUACAAAAUUGCAAUACUAUUCUAGAACACAUAAAGAAAAGUCUUGAGGAUUACCUUGAAAUUAAACGAAUGAUUUUCCCAAGAUUUUACUUUCUCAGCAAUACUGAGCUUCUCGAAGUGCUAGCCAACAGCAAAAAUCCUGAAUCUGUGCAGCCUUACCUUGUGAAAUGUUUUGAAAACAUAAAGCAAGUGCUGAUAUGGAAAGAAGAAGUUGGCCCGCCUGCAGUGAAAAUGCUCAUAUCUGCGGAAGGAGAAGGUGUUUUGCUCUCGAAGAAAAUUCGUGUGAGAACUGCUGUAGAACAGUGGCUGAUAAAUGUAGAGAAAAGCAUGUUUGAUGUGAUAAAAAAAUUAAUAGCUAAAGGAAUGGAAGACUGGGACAACCAAACGUUUUCCCAGUGGAUAAUGAUGCAUCCAGGACAAGUGGUCCUCACUGUGAGCCAGAUCAUGUUUCAUAAUGAUUGUGUCAACAGCUUUACAGGCUCUCAUUCCAGAAAAGAAUUGGAGGAAGUCCAUGCUGGUGUGGUCUAUUGUCUUGGUGAGGUGUCAAAGCUGGUAGUGCAGACUACUAAUAACGCUCGAACAAAAACUGUGCUGGGGGGACUGCUCACCCUUUAUGUUUACUCCAGAGACAUUGUAACUGAUUUGCUACUUAAAAAUAUCUUCAGUGCAGAGGAUUUUGAGUGGACAAGGCAUUUGCAAUAUAAAUGGAAUGAAAAGCAAAAGCUGUGCUAUGUGUCUCAAGGACAUGCCUCCUUUUCUUACGGGUACGAAUAUUUGGGCUGCGCCCCAAGGCUGGUCAUCACGCCUCUCACGGACAGGUGCUGGCUGACGCUCAUGGGGGCGCUGUGCUUGAAUCUGGGAGGCUGCACUGCUGGGCCCGCUGGUGUAGGGAAAACCGAGACAGUAAAAGGCCUAGCAAAAGCCUUAGGUAAACAUUGUGUGGUUUUCAACUGUUUUGAAGAUUUGGAUUAUAAGAUAAUGGGAAAAUUCUUCUUUGGGUUGGUUCAGUCAGGAGCUUGGUGUUGUUUUGAUGAGUUCAAUCGAAUUGAUACGGAAGUCCUCUCUGUCAUUGCCUCGCAGAUCCUAACAAUCAAAGUGGCAAAAGACAGCUAUUCUGUCAGGUUCGUACUGGAUGGAAGGGAAAUGCGCAUUAACAUGUCAUGUGCAUUAUUUAUCACCAUGAACCCAGGAUAUGGAGGUCGAGUAGAGCUUCCAGGUAACUUAAAAUCUCUGUUUCGCCCAGUGGCAAUGAUGGUGCCCCACCAUAAAAUGAUCACUGAAGUAAUACUGUUUUCAUUUGGCUUCAAAUCUGCAAAAUUACUCUCUGGAAAGCUUGUUAACCUUUACGAAUUAGCCAACAAACAGCUCUCACAACAGGAUCAUUAUGAUUUUGGCAUGAGGUCUUUGAAGACAGUUUUAAUAAUGGCUGAAAAGAAGAAACAGGAGUUUAAAUGUGAUAGGAGUGACAGUCUUUCCAACGCAGAGGAAACUCAGAUCAUCAUUGAGUCAAUCAGAGAAGCUAGUUUAUCAAAAUUUCUACCUGCAGAUGUCCCACUAUUUGAAAAGACCAUAGAAGAUAUUUUCCCUGGAGUGACAGUUUCAAAAGUAAAUCAAGUUGUGUUGGAGAAAGUAAUACAUAUUGCAACAGAACAAUUAGGCCUUCAGCAUUGUCCAUCUCAAAAAGAGAAGAUUAUACAGUUUCAUAAUCAACUUCAGGCUUGUGUUGGUGUGAUGUUAGUGGGUCCAACAGGUGGAGGAAAGACGACAGUCAGAAGAAUAUUAGAAAAAGCAUUAAUACUGUUACCAAUUGCAGACUCCUUAUCAGUUCACGAUAGACGAUCGAUUUCAAAGAUUCCAGGAAAAAAAGGAAAAAUAGAUGUUUGUAUCUUAAAUCCAAAAUGUGUCACUGUCAAUGAGCUAUAUGGACAAUUGAAUCCUAACACCAUGGAAUGGACUGAUGGAUUGUUAUCAGCAGCUGUUCGAAAUUACGUGUCUCUUAACGCUACAGAACACUCAGUGAAGGACAAUGACUUUGGACUAAAGUCAAGACUCUCAGAUAUAUCUAAUGUUUUUCAGGUUGGUUCCUCUUCUACAAUAGACAUGGACAAUGUUUGUAUGAAAGAUGUAGAGAAAGAUUUUAAAACUGCAGAAAGUCAUGAUUUUGAUUGGCAGUGGAUUAUCUUAGAUGGUCCAGUGGACACCUUCUGGGUAGAAAAUCUAAACACUGUGUUAGAUGACACCCGAACACUGUGUCUGGCUAACAGUGAAAGAAUUGCCCUGACUAACAGAAUAAGAGUCAUUUUUGAAGUGGACAGUAUCUCUCAGUCCAGUCCUGCUGUUGUCAGCCGGUGUGCGAUGGUGUACAUGGACCCUGUUGAUCUGGGAUGGAAGCCUUAUAUUAAGUCAUGGCUUUUGAAAACUUCUAAAUUUUUAAGUCAGUCAGGAAUUAACUGCCUUGAAUUCUUGAUUAACACAAGUGUUACAGAAGGACUAACAUUUUUAAAGAAGAAUAAGAAAUUUCAAUCAUAUCCUGUACAGGACUUAACAGCUGUUGUAACCCUCUGCAGAAUUCUAGAUGCUUUCUUUGAGUUUAUGAGUACAAGAGGAGGAUUCGGAAAAAGUGAUGCUCCAAAUGACAGUUCAACUAAGGAGACUAAAUUUGUGAAUCUCAAUUUCAAGGACCCAGAAAGACCUCGCUUUAAGGGUGAAGGUUUGUGGUACUUGGAAAAAUAUCCUGAUAAACUACCAAUAAUGCUCCAGAAGCUUUUUGUGUUUGCCUUUACCUGGGCCUUUGGAGGAACUCUAAAACGUGAUGAUGAACAUGAAGACGACAUAUUAGUGUUUACAGGGUUUGAACCGGAUUCUCCUGCAGAAGUAACCUAUAAUUUUGACAACCUUGUUCGUGAACUAUUUGAAAACUACACAGAAACAGGGAUAAGCCUACCAGCUGGUGAACGGUCUGUGUUUGGGUAUUUUGUGGACAUACAACAAUGUGACUUUGUGCCUUGGUCAGAGUUAGUUCCUACUGUUCAGACACUAAUUCAAAAAGGGACAUCAUUCCUGACUGACCUUCAGAGAGCCGGUAAUAAUAUCAUGAAGAUGAUGGAGUAUGGAGAGUACAUUAAUUUUACUGCUACCAGAGACACUACAUGCCUCUCUUUCCUCAUAAGCCUUCUCUUGAAGAAUUCUUGCCCUGUACUGCUCACAGGAGACUCUGGUGUUGGGAAAACUGCUACCAUUAACCAACUGCUUGAAAACCUAGAGGGCCCGGGAGCACUUGAUGUGAAGUACGGGUCAAUUUUAGGAGAGGUGCUAUUACAUAAUGAGAUUAAAAAAUCAAGUUCCCUAAGGCAGAAUAUCAGCAUCUUGAUUUCUGAAACAUCUAAAGCAGCAACUGAAACUCUUGGAGUUGGAACUGAUGAACAUGCACUUAAAAGUAACAAUAAAGGAAUUAUAACCUCUACAGUAAAUUUGAGCACCAAUAUGACAGCCGCCAAAGCCAAGGAGUUGAUUCUUAAGAAGUUAGUUAGAAAAACUAAAGACACUCUUGGGGCACCUAAAAACAACAGGAUUGUAUUAUUUAUUGAUGAUAUGAAUAUGCCAAUACCAGAUACGUAUGGAGCACAGCCACCCCUGGAAUUGAUCAGACAAUUAUUAGAUAUGGGUGGCAUUUAUGACACUGGAAAAAACACAUGGAAGAAUAUUCAAGAUGUCUCUAUAAUUGCAUCCUCUGCUUCUUCAGUCAGUGGAAAUAAUAUUAGUCCACGUCUACUCAAACACUUUUCCAUACUGGUAUUACCUCAUCCUCCACAAAGUGCCUUUUGUACUAUUUUUCAGGCUCAUUUGGGAAUGUAUUUCUCCCUCCACAACUUCAUAGCUGAUGUUCAGAGAUGUAGGGAUCAGAUAACAUCAUGUUCCCUCGCCAUGUACUAUCAAGUCUGUAAGAAUUUGUUACCAAGUCCAACAAAAUGCCACUACAUGUUUAACCCUCGAGACAUGUUCAAGCUUCUCCUAGGAAUGAUGCAAGCUGACAAAACAGUUAUCAAUUCCAAAGAGAUGGUUGCACAGCUCUUCACUCACGAAGCCAGCCGAGUAUUUCACGAUCGCUUAAUGGAGCCCACCGAAAAAAGCCUUUUCUACCAAGUGCUUUCAAAGGAAAUCCAGAACCAUUUCCAGAUUCAGUGGUUACCCGAAGACCUGAUGAAUGACUCAAGUGUAUUUGUAGAUUUCUUGGAUUUACACAAGCCUCACAGAAAAAAGCUCUAUCAGAAGACCAAUGACUUUAAUAAACUUGUUAAUAUACUUAACGAAUUCCAAAUGAAGUUGGGGUCGACAUCUUUGGAGAUGUCUCAUUCCAUUGUGUUCUUCAAGGAAGCCAUAGAACAUAUUACAAGAGCCACAAGGGUCCUUCGACAACCAGGGAUUCACAUGCUGCUGAUUGGAAUGGAUGGAUGUGGAAAGGAAACAUGUGCAACCUUAGCCUGUUAUGUGGCAGAACACAAACUGUACCGGGUGCCUGUAUCUCACAGUUAUUCUUACAUAGAAUUCAAAGAACUGUUCAAGAAGGUGUUUAUCCAAGCAGGAUUAGAAGGGAACCCCACUGUUGUUAUGGUUGCGAACUUAAACCCAGAACAAGAAUCAUUUCUGGUAGAUUUGAACUACAUUAUCAAUUCAGGAAAAAUCCCUAACUUAUUUGAAAAUGAGGAGCUGGACUCUAUUGUCAUGAGACUCAGAGCUUUUGCUGAACAGUAUUCAUAUGCAGAUGACCGAAACUUCUUACUUAAGUUCUUCCAAAAGAGAGUAUUUAAAUACCUACACAUCUUUCUGAUAAUGAGUCCUUCAGGACCCAACUUCCGCCAGAACUGUCGAGUAUACCCUUCCAUGAUUGGCUCCUGCACAAUUGACUGGUAUGAGAAGUGGCCAGAAGAGGCCCUCCUUAUCAUAGCUAACUCCUACCUGAAAGAAAAGGUGAACUUAAAAAACAGAAAGAACUUGAAAGGAAAUUUUGCUCCGACAUGUGUCCAAAUCUACAAAAGUAUUAAAGACUUGAGCACAAAAUACUUUGCAGAAACUGGAAGGCAGUAUUACAUCACCCCCAGUAGCUACUUGCAAUUCAUGGAAACAUUUGCAUACAUGUUGAGGUCAAGAGAGGAGGAGAUGCAAAUGAAGAGGAAUCAUUUCUAUAUGGGUCUGUCCAAGAUACUAGAAGCAACUGCUCUCGUCACAGACAUGCAGGAGGAGCUUUUGAUCCUUGGCCCUCAAAUAGAACAGAAAACAAAGGAAAUAGAAGCACUGAUGGAAAAAUUACAGAAAGAGUCACAAGUAGUUGAAAAAGUUCAGAUGCUUGUUAAACAGGAUGAAGAAAUUAUGGCAGAAGAAGUAAAAAUUGUGGAAGACUAUGCACAGAAAGCUAGCGCUGAGCUGAAAAGCGUCCUUCCAGCUGUAGACAAGGCAAUUAUAGCCCUAAAUGCCUUGGAUAAAGCUGAUGUUUCUGAAUUAAGAGUUUACGCACGGCCCCCAAUCCUAGUACUGACCGUCAUGAAUGCUGUGUGUAUUCUUCUGCAGAAGAAGCCUAGCUGGGCAAUGGCUAAGCUGCUGCUUUCAGAAACUGGUUUCCUAAAGAAACUGAUUAACCUUGACAAAGACAGAAUACCAGAUAAGGUUUUCGUGAAGCUGAAAAAAAUCAUAAGCUUACCUGAUUUCAACCCAAACAAGGUCGCCCUGGUUUCUGUUGCUUGUUGUUCUAUGUGUCAGUGGGUGAUAGCUUUGCACAACUACCAUGAAGUACAGAAGAUGGUGGGCCCUAAACAACUCCAAGUUGCAGAAGCCCAAAAUGUCCUUAAAAUUGCAAGGCAAAGGUUGGCUGAAAAACAGAGAGGUUUGCAUCUGGUUGAAGAACAUUUGCAAUUUUUACAUGCUUCCUACAAAGAUAUUGUUGGUGAAAAACAGCUAUUAGCAAAUCGGAAAAAACUAGCCACCAAGCGCCUGCAGUGUGCGUCCAUCUUGCUGACUGUCCUGGGAGCUGAGAAGACUCGAUGGCAAGAAACAAUCCAUCAAAUAGACAGAAAGCUGGAAGGAAUCUUUGGUGACAUAUUGCUUUCAGUGGCAUGCAUCGUCUACAGCGGAGUCCUCACGCCAGAAUUUCGCCAGCCGAUUGUGAAUGCUUGGGAGGACUUCUGCACUGAAAAUAACAUAGCUUUGUCAUCCAAAUUUUCUUUAAUUGAUGUGAUGGCACAAAAAAAUGAGAUCCGCCGAUGGCAUAACCAGGGGCUGCCCCUGGGUCAGCACUCAACGGAGAAUGCCAUCUUGAUGAAAAGCAGCCAGCAGUGGCCCCUGCUGAUCGACCCACACAAGCAAGCAUACCACUGGAUCCGCCAGAUGGAAGGACCCAGGCUGCAAGAGCUCUCCCUGGAGGACAGCAGUUACCCCCAAAAACUCGAAAUUGCCAUGAAAAGAGGAGAGAGUGUCCUCUUGCAGAACCUUCCUGAAACAUUUCCUCCAGGCUUGAGGGCAGUUUUGAAAAAGGAUAUCUAUCAGAAAAGAGGGAAAUAUUUCAUAAGAAUUAAUGAUGCUGAGACUGAAUACAAUUUGCAUUUCAGGUUGUACUUAUGUACGGAAGUAGAUAAUCCCCAUUUUCUUCCGUCAGUUUACAACUUUGUGACUAUGGUAAAUUUCACAGUAACAUUUCAAGGCUUGCAAGAUCAACUCUUAUCUACAGUAGUAAGUCAUGAAGUUCCUCAUUUAGAAAAUCAACGUGCCCACUUAUUGGAGAGUAUUUCUCGUGAUGCUGUAACUCUUGAAGAACUAGAGGAUAAAACAUUGAACUUAUUGCAAAAUGCACAAGGAUGUGUAUUAGAUGACGAAGAAAUUGUCGAAACCUUAAGAAAAUCCAAAAUCACUUCAAAUGAAAUUUCGAAGCGCAUCAAAGCAACAGAAAAAGCAGAAAGAGAAAUCCAAGCAACUCGCAAAAGAUAUCUCCCCAUUGCUACUCGAGGGGCCCUUCUGUACUUUGUUGUGACCAGCCUCACACAAAUCAACUACAUGUACCAGUUCUCCCUGGACUGGUUUCGUCAGGUUUUUGUUUUAUCUACAGUUUCUAAAAAUAAAGAACAAGAACACAACUUGGAAAAGGAUGCUAUUUCUCCAGAAACAGUCCAGGAUGUUACAAAUAACUCAGAAGAACCUAAGUUGGAAAGCGAGAAAAAUCCCUUAGACAAGCAUGUUAAAAAUGCAAUAGAUCAGUUGACGAGAAAUGUUUUCAAGGUGGUUUCUGCAGCCUUGUUUAACCAACACAAACUCUGCUUCUCCUUUCGGCUUUGCACUGCAAUCAUGCGAGACAACAGUGACGGAAAUCUGGUGGAAGAUGACAUCGGAUUCCUGCCAGAGGAAGAAUGGAACAUCUUUUUAUAUUCUGGCAUACUGAUAAACAUUAAAAGCAUGCUAACCUCGCCUGUAUUCAGUAGCAUGUUUGAAAUCCACGCAAAACAGCAUCUACAGUGGCUGCCGGACUUGCGGUGGAAGCAAUGCAAAUAUGUCAGCAGUCAGCUGGAGCCUUUCUCCCUCCUCUGCAAAUCACUUUUGUCAAACGUACCCCAGUGGGAUGCAUUUAAGAACAGCAAGAGUGUAUAUUCUCUGAUGAGCACACCUUUCUCUCCAGAAAGUGCUUCGCUGGAGGGAAGUAAGACAUCUCCAGAGGAAGCUGAACUUUUGAAUGAAAAUGAAGAACUGCGCACUCCUAUCAAUUUUCCCUGGGAGAGACUCACUCAAUUUCAAAGACUUAUUUUGAUAAAAAUUCUUAGGCCAGAACAUUUAAAGAAUUCGGUGAGAAGCUUUAUCAUUGAAAAGAUGGGAAGCGAAUAUAUUCACAGAACUGCCGUUAACUUGAAAGAAUCAUACAAAGAAUCCACUGCCAAUACGCCUCUGGUCCUUAUUCAUGCCCAGGGGAUUGACGUCACCAAUAGUCUCCUGAGAUUUGCACAGGAGUUACAAGGAACAACACAGCACGUGAACAUGAUUUCCCUUGGCCGGGGCCAGGCGAUCAAAGCGGAAGACCUCAUUGUCAAGGCGCUGGCUGGAAAACAGCAGUGGGUCUUCCUGCAGAAUUGCCACCUCGCCUCCUCCUUCAUGCCAAAGCUCUGCGCGACGGUAGAUUCAUUUAAUAGGCCAGAUGUGACAUUAGACCCUGAUUUUAGGCUAUGGUUAAGCUCAAAGUCAUACAGUUCUUUCCCAAUUCCUAUUCUUCAGAAAGGUAUAAAGAUUGCUGUGGAAACUCCCCAGGGAUUAAAAAACAACUUACUUCAGAGAUUUGGCUACGGUGGAAGUGGAGAAGUGACAGAAGAAAUAUUUGAAAAUAUUGACUGCGGACCAUGGUGGAAAAAACUUAUAUUCAGCCUGUGUUUCUUCAAUGCUGUGAUCAAUGAAAGGAAAGCGUAUGGAACACUGGGCUGGAAUAUUGCUUAUAGAUUUAGCUCUUCAGACUUGGAGGUGUCCAUAAAGGUGUUGGAAAGUGUCCUCAGCAGCAAGUCUGAGAUUCCGUGGCAGGCACUGCGCUACCUGAUUGGGGAGGUGACCUAUGGUGGCCGGGUGACAGAUGAAUGGGACAAGAGAUGCCUCAACACUCUUCUCUACAAAUUUUGUAAUCCUGAGGUGCUAAAGGACGACUUUAGUUUCUCCGGUGAUGAGAUGUGUCAGCCAGUACCCAGCUCUGCAAGCAUAAAGGACUGCAUCCACAUCAUCCAGUCACUCCCCGACGAUGACUCUCCGGAGGUCUUAGGAAUCCACCCAGAGGCCACACGCACCUGCAAUGAGACCGAGGCUCAGAAGUUCAUUGAAAGUCUCAUCACCCUGCAACCAAAGGCUACUGUCAGUCUCCUGACACAUCCUACGCAGAGCAGUGACAUCUUGGUGAUGGAGAUUCUGUCUGACAUAAUGAAGCAGGUACCCCUGGUAGUGGAGAAAGAGGAGCUCACUGAGUCGGGAAGUCAAUGCACAUUCAAAUGUAUGAUGUCAAGCAACAUGUGGGAGAGGCUCUAUAACAGUAUCGAAGGCUAUGAUCCCCUUAUCCAUUGUGUCCUGGUGGCCUUUCUAAACAAAGAAAUAGAACGGUUUAAUAAGUUACUACGUGUCAUCCAUACAUCUUUAAAUGAUCUUCAACUUGCUAUUAAAGGAGAGAACAUCCUCACUCAGGAGCUGGAGGAAACUUAUGACUCUUUUCUCAAUGCAAGAGUGCCCAUGUUGUGGCAGAAACACGCCUACAGGUCCUGCAAGCCCCUGAGCUCCUGGGUUAGUGACCUCAUCCAGAGGGUGAAUUUCUUCAACACCUGGGCCAAAGUGACCUACACAGCAAUAUACCACCGGUACAUGCAGUUCAUCACGAUAAAACACUCUCUGGCAACAUCCGGUCAGAAGAACCAGAAGCCACCUGAUUUGGAGACCACUUCCACGACAGGUUUUCCUGCAAGAUACUGGCUUCCGGCUUUCUUCUUUCCACAAGCCUUCCUCACUGCGGUGCUGCUGGACUACAGCCGAUCUCACGGAAUCUCCGUGGACACCCUCACGUUCACCCACCAAGUGGUUCCUGGGCACGCCGACGUAGAGGAGGACGUCCCCAAGUUUUUGGAGAAGAAGCUCACCAUGGUCAAGAAAGCCUUCAAGGGAUCCAGCUCCUCUGGCUCAGGAGUCUACAUUUUUGGUUUAUUCCUGGAGGGAGCUCGAUGGGACCACGAGCAGCAAGGACUGGCAGACUCGCUGCCUCGUGACAUCUGCUGUGACUUUCCCGACAUAUACUUUUUGCCAACAGAGAUUUCUACUGAAAUUCCCAGUUCCUCUAACCAGACAAAUUCAGAACUCAAUACUUUUGAAUGCCCAGUUUACCAAACACCUCAAAGAUCAAGUAUUUUGACAACUACUGGCUUAUCAACAAACUUUUUGACAUCAGUGUAUUUACCAACAAAGAAACCACCUAGUCACUGGAUCAGUAGACAGGUAGCUCUGCUGUGUGAGAAGAAUGAAUAA